AUGGAAAGCAAAAACACUAGCAUCAAAUGCUCAGCAGUUGACCUUGAAGUGAUGGAUCUCAAAGAAGAAACUCUUGUCGAAUUGCCACACGUGUUCACCAGACCACAUCUACCCGCCACAGUAGAGAAUGCCGCUAACCAAGGGGAUGUAGAUCGUUGGCCGCACCUUACUGGAAUAAAAAUCUCCAAAAUCGACGCGAACGUGGGUUUGCUUAUUAGGAAUGACGCCCCAAAAAUUCUUCACCCGAAAGAAGUGAGGGAAUCCUCUCACAAUGGUCCCUAUGCGACCUGGACGGUAUUCGGUUGGGUGAUAAAUGGUCCUCUCGGUAGAGUUCAAGACUCGGGCUCGUACAUAGCUAAUUUUAUAAGAGCAGACGCCGAACUAGACGACCAGUUCCGAAAGUACUGCAACAUGGAGUUCAACGACUCUGUUUGUGGUGCAAAAACUUCGUUGUCACAGAAUGACAAACGCGCUCUAGAAAUAAUGUAA